AGUUACUUCCCUUCGCCUUCAGUUGAUAAAGUUUAAAAGACGAGUGUCAGCCCACUGCUGUCGUCAUUACUCGCAUACAACAACGAUGUCAGCUGUACCAGAAGAGAGUAAACUUUCCUACAACUUCUUGGGGAGGUCUGGACUGAAGGUGGCCAACAUAUGUCUCGGCACGAUGACGUUUGGGGAUUCGGGGGCCAAGCUACCUGGUCAGGCCACAGAGGAAUAUUCACACCAGGUGCUUGACCGCUACGUCGAAUGGGGAGGUAACUUCAUCGAUACCGCCGACGUCUACUCUCAGGGACUGUCAGAGAAGUUUCUCGGAUCCUGGCUCACAAAACAAACGCGUGAGAAGUACGUUAUUGCAACAAAGGUGAGAGCAAACACAUCUAUUGGCGUUGGUCUGAGUCGUCGCCAUAUUGUCAAGAGCAUCCAGAACAGCCUUGAGAGGCUGCAGACAGACCACGUGGAUCUGUACCAGAUGCACAACUGGGAUGAUGGCACUCCUAUUGAAGAAACACUCCGCACAUUUGAUGACCUGGUUAGGUGUGGGAAGGUGCGCUACGUCGGUGCCAGCAACGUGGUGGGUUGGCAGCUACAGAAGAUAGCCUGUACUACAGAGAAGCUGGGCAUGAACCCCUUCAUCAGCUUACAGCAACAGUACAAUCUGGUGUGUCGGGAGUCCGAGUUCGAACCCUUCCAGGUGUGCAAGACGGAGGGAUUAGGGGUGCUGCCUUGGAGCCCUCUUAAGGGAGGCCUGCUUUCUGGGAAGUAUACACGAGAUUCUCCCCCGACAGCUGGGCGCCUGGGCUGGGUGAGAGGGGAUGAGAAACGAGCAAACCAGGCUAUGCCAGGCUGGAACACCCUGGAGGGGAAUGAUCAGAUCUGGAACAUCAUCGAUGCAGUACAGGACAUCGCAAAGACACACGGUAAAUCCAUGGCCCAGGUGUCACUGCGCUGGCUGCUACAGAAGGAUGUUGUUCCAUCAGUGAUCAUCGGAGCCACGACUCUGGCACAGCUGGAUGACAACCUGGGAGCUGCUAGUGGCUGGACGCUGUCUUCAGAGGAGAUGGCACGACUGGACGAAGUGUCUCAACCCAGAAUACCGUAUCCCUAUGAGAUGGUGUGGAGACUGAACAAGUCUCGGAGUAAUCCCUUCCAGUCAUCAUACUUUGUCUCCAACACAAACUGAUCACAACGAAAACUGAUUACAGCACAAUCUGCCAUUCAUGGAGACACCAUGCAGUCUUCACGUGUGACAUUAUACCACACGCUGAUCUUAAGAUGACAUCCGCAUCAGUCCUGGAAUAUUUCUUUAAAAAUAUAUUAUUACCUUUUCCCUGAGUGAUUGUACAAAGAAUUAAUUAUUUUUGUAAACUGAUUAUAUAAAUACACAAUUCCAUUAUCUAAGGCGCCCACAGUCUGUGGGAUUAUUGUUCAUAGUUGAAUUGCAGACAGUAGCUUGCAGCUAAGAUUGCAAGACUUUCUGAGGGAAAGGAAAAUAGUUACCAAAUUAUGCAGAAACCCGAAAAGGUUACUUAACCCUGUUCUAACAAGCAUGUGUCUGAAAUUAAAGAGUCUUUACUAGUUUCAUUGUA